CCCUGAUCAAAACCGGAAGUCUGCAACACACUGUCAACAUACGUCAAUUGUUUCUUCUACAAAUUUUCCAACGCUUCAACUUUGCCAUCCGUUCUCGCUAACGUGCAAAGAUGGAGGGCAACAGACUGAUCUUGGCGGUGCUGUCUUGCAUAUGCAUCAUCGCAAGCGGCAAGAAAAUUUUCAACACUGGUACGGAAUGUUUCAAACCAAGUGCAGCAAGACUUGUGCACUGCAAUUGGCAUUACCUGGCUUACAUGCCACGCGUACUAAGAGCCGGAGUCGCAGAAAAAGUGCUAGUCACCACACAGAAUGUUGAUUUUGAUGUGACCGUGGAAGCCAAAUUGCUGAGCACCCGCUCCAACGACCUCAUUGUUGCAGGAAAAAGUGUUGUUAAGCCAGGUGUAUUAACUGAGAUCGUCAUCAAGAUCCCUAGCAGUGCACCAAGCUGGGCCAUUGUACAAAUUGAAGGCAGAGCUGAUGUCCCAGCUGGCACCGAUGGACUUGCGGAAGAUGCCAUAUGGACCUUUAAAAACAAAACUGGAUCGAUCAACAUACAGAGAUCGAGCACAACAGUUUUUAUUCAAACUGACCGACCCAUCUACAAGCCUGGAGAGUCUAUGAAAAUGAGAGUUGUAGCCGUGGACAGUGAUUUGAAGCCACUCGAAGGAAUAAUUUCUAUCGUGUCUAUCUUGAACCCAUCACAAUCACUCAUGAGACAGUGGAGGCAGGUUAAACUGUACAACGGUGUCGCCAGCUUCAAACUUAAACUAUCGAUCAAACCAGUUCUUGGCAUCUGGAAAAUACAAGCUACUGUGAAAGGUGUUACCAAGACUGUACAAGUCAAAGUUGAAAAGUAUGUGCUGCCAAAGUUCCAAGUCAUAUUAAAACCACCACCCUACAUAGCACUGGGACAAGAAAAAGUGUACGCCGAAGUUUGUGCCAAGUAUUCCUAUGGCAAGAAUGUUGCUGGUUUGAUUGCGGUAGAAAUCUGCGCAAAGUUUCCUGGCCAUUAUAAUAGGGUAUGGAAGAAAGCCACUUCCACCUGUGUCGUGGUGCUCAGAAAGGUUUUUGGAUGCGAGCAGAUUGAAGUGAACCUCAACGAAUUCAAGGUUUACCAGUAUAGUGGAUAUAGUUCAAUAACGUUCUCUUUUGCGGCAUCUGUAACAGAAACAGCAACUGGUAUUCAGUAUAAUGCAACAAAAGUCAAGUCCAAAGUCGAAAACACAAACGUCAAGCUGUCCUUCGAUGGCACACCAGAAAUUUUCAAGCCUGGUCUUCCUUUUCAAGCGAUGCUUCAAGCCACUCGUCCAGAUGGUUCUCCAAUUGACAACCUCAAAGUCAAGCUAAAAGUGACCGCAGGAUGGUCCAAAGUAAUCACUGAGGGGAUAGUAUUUGUAAAGAACGGAAGAGUAAAAAUACACCUUCCUGAAAUUCCAUUCGAUGCGAAAGAAGUCAAAUUCCGGGCAUCUUACAAAAGGCCAAAAAUUGUGGGUAGUCACAUCCAAGAUUACAAAAGGCAUAGCGAUGCCUAUCAUACUUCCAAAGCUUGGUACUCUCCCUCUCACAGCUACCUAAGCAUCGAAAAACCGAACACAAUAUUCAAGGUUGGUCGUGAAGCAACUGUGAAGGUUCAAUACACGUCAGUUGAUACAAAGCCCGUGGAGCGUAAUGUUUACUAUACAUUGAUGUGCAAAGGUUAUGCCGCUCAUUCAGGAAUGGUCAAAACAGAGUUCAUUGCUGCCAGCUCUAGAGCUAGAAGAUCAGUCGAUAUUGAUGUCGCGACAAAGGAAUCAGUUCCUAUGCCAGAGCCAACGUCUUCCGGUCCAGAGCCAACGACUGUCGAUCCAGAACCAGCGACUGCCGAUCUAGAACCAGCGACUGCCGAUCUAGAACCACCAACGACCUCCGGUCCAGAACCAACGACUUCCGGUCCAGAACCAAUGACUGCCGGUCCAGAACCAAUGACUGCCGAUCUAAAACCACCAACGACUGCCGAUCUAGAACCACCAACGACUGCCGAUCUAGAACCACCAACGACUGCUGAUCUAGAACCACCAACGACCUCCGGUCCAGAACCAAUGACUUCCGGUCCAGAACCAACGACUGCCGGUCCAGAGCCAAAGACUUCCCGUCCUACGCCAAAGACAGUUCCACGAACAACAGAAGAAACAACCACCCCUCCCAAGCCGACAACCAUACUGCCUUGGUGGUGGGAAAGAAAAUUAGAGCGAGUAACUAGGCCACCACUUCCAGCAUCGUUUUCUAGCGGCUCAUUUGAUAUUAGCUUCAAAGUAAGGCAAGAAAUGUCACCAUCUUGCAGAAUGCUUGUUUACUAUGUAAGAGGCCGUGAAACCGUGGCUGAUAGUACCAUUGUGGAUGUUGCUGACACUUUUGCGAAUAAGGUUACAAUGAAAUUCAGUGAAGAGGAGGUUCUCCCAGGAACAAAAGUUCAGCUGUCCCUGAAGGCCUCACCAGGCUCUAUCUUUGCUAUAUCUGCUGUGGACAAGAGCGUUCACUUCCUCGCAAAUGCAAAUGAGGUCAAAACAAGUCAGGUUUCGCAAAUUCUAAAAGAUCUUGAUGUUGGCCCAGGCCACCUUGAUAAUAACCAAAGAUGCGGCAGUGGAUAUUAUUGGUGGCAUUAUUCGGAAACAGAAUAUGUUGAUUCGCAGAAGGCUUUUAAUGAUGGUGGCCUUGUAUUCCUAUCCAGCGUUGCCAUAGACACUCGCCCGUGUGUUGCAAACGAUUAUCCCGUGUUCUAUCAAGAUAACUUCCCUGGUCGAUUUGGUGGCUUCCCAUCUCUCUUGAGAACUGGCUUUGGACGAAAUAUUGUUGGUCCAGUGAUUGCAAAAUCAGGAAGUAAACCCUCUCCAGUCAGCCCUGAUAAGAAAAAGACUGCAUCAGCUAAACCAAAAGUCAGAACUGAAUUCCCAGAAACGUGGUUGUGGACUGAAGAGCGUAUGGAUGAAGCAACUGGAGAGAAAGUCAUCGAUGUAAAAGUACCUGAUACCAUAACAACCUGGUAUGCAAGUGGUUUUGCAAUCUCUGGAAAAGACGGUCUUGGUGUUGCAAACCCAGCUGAAAUCAGAGGCUUCAAGGCAGUUUUUGUUUCUGUGAAUCUGCCAUACUCUGUGAUUCGCGGUGAGCUGGUCACCAUCCCCGUAGUGGCAUUCAAUUACCUCAGCUCCUGCCUCAACGUUCGCAUUUCACUGAAACGUUCCAAAGAUUUCGAAUUAAUUACUCGUAACCACGUCAACACAUGCAUUUGCGGUGGUCGCACUGCCACAGUUAUGUUCAAGUUUUAUGCACGAAGACUGGGACGUAUCGCACUGGAAGCCACAGCCGAAAGCCAAGCCAAAAACAACUGUCCAAGCUUCGUCGAAUUUGAUUCAAAUAACUACAUUGAUAUAGUUAGGAAGAAAUUGUUGGUCGAGCCUGAAGGUAUCGAGAAAGAAUACACAUUCAACUCUCUGGUUUGCCCCAAAGAGAAUAGUUCGAUUAGCGAAAAAGUCAAGCUGUCAAUUCCAGACAAGGUUGUCCAAGGAUCAGUGUACUCUGAGCUACGAGUUAUCGGCGAUUUAAUGGGACCAAGUCUUAACAACAUCGAUAACCUGCUAAAGAUGCCCUAUGGUUGCGGAGAACAAAACAUGCUGAACUUCGCUCCAAAUAUUUUCAUUAUGCAAUACUUGAAGGCAACAGGUCAACUUACGAGUGAAAUUGAAGAAAAAGCAGUCGGUUAUACUUUGCAAGGAUACCAACGACAGCUUUCAUACAAACACUCUGAUGGCUCUUACAGUGCUUUUGGCAAAAGUGACAAAGAGGGAAGCAUGUGGCUGACCGCCUUUGUCCUGAAAUCAUUUGCCCAAGCGCGUGAGUUCAUUGAUAUUGACAAGAAGGUACUGGCAGAUGCUAAAAAAUGGAUCCUUAGCAAGCAAAACAAAGAUGGAUGUUUCCCAACCAUUGGAACACUUCACAGCAAGUCAAUGAAAGGAGGAGUUAAGACUCCUGUCACUCUCACUGGAUAUGUUGUUGUCGCCUUAUUGGAAGCAGACAUGAAGCCAGAGAAUCCAAACAUAAAAAUGGCCAUCAAAGAGUGUAUUAAGCCCCAGCUCAGUCAGGUCAAUGACACUUACUCGUUGAACAUAUUAGCCUACACCAUGGCCAAGGCUGGUCGCAACAAGGAGCUGACUUACCUGUUAACCAAACUUGACAGCAUGACUAGGAAGGAAGGUGACACACGAUACUGGGGAAGCCCAAAGCCAAAAGCUGAACCUGAAAAUGACAGGUUCUUCUCACCUUACUAUCAAGCAAAGUCAGAUGACAUCGAGCAAACAGCCUACGGUUUGAUGGCACGGGUACCAGAAGGGUCGGUCUCAGCUGCAGUUGGAAAUGUUGACAUUGUCAGAUGGCUGUCAGCGCAAAGAAACAGUCUAGGAGGAUGGGCAUCAACACAGGAUACUGUUCUUGCAAUGCAAGCUUUGGCUAUGUUUUCAUCCAUUGUGCAUGGUGGAGAAAUAGAUCUCACAGUCGAUGCUGCUGUACCCGGUUUGGCACACAGAUUCAGCAUCAACAACAAGAACAGUCUUGUUCUGCAGAAGAUCAAGAUUCCAGCCAAAUUCCCAGCUACCCUCAAGACCUUUGCAAAGGGAAAGGGAUGCGCACUUCUAUCGGCAUCUGUCAAAUACAACGUCAAGACUGUGCAAGAAGAACCUGCAUUUAAAUUGGUUGUCCGAUUGGCUCCUUUGAGGAAAACAAAAAAAUUGAAAUUUGGUAGAUGUAUGUCUCAGGAAAUUGAUAUUUGCGCCACUUGGCUAAAGGAAGAAGCCUCAAAUAUGGCAAUAAUUUCUGUGAAGAUGCUUUCGGGAUUUGAUGCUGUUGAAGAAAGCCUUCAAAAGGCUGUUUCACGUGACCCCUUGUUAAAAGAGUACGAAAAGAAAGGAAAAGACUAUGUUUUCUACUACAGUCGUAUUGGAAAGAUAGGUGUUUGUCUCACAUUUAAAAUGAAGCAGGCCCAGAUUGUGCAGAACAUCAAACCAUCUUCUGUUGUUGUCUAUGAUUAUUAUGACAAAGGCAUGUCAGCUACAACAGCAUAUGAAGUAACACCAGCAAAGUGCGCUGGCAUUCAUACACCUGAUAUAUAAUCGGUGAUUCUUUAUAACUUUGAAAAACAUUUCUUUUACAUGCUGCUUUUUAUUAAUCUUUUUUAAACUGUUUAUGUAACUGUGAUGUUUUAAUAAAAAUGUUGGAUAAA